AUGUCUACCUCUAUGAAGGCGUUGGUCACCUCCGCCUUGUUGGCGGUGGCUUCGGCUCAGGGUGUUAUCCUCAAGGCUCAGGGCAAGGGCGCUGCCAGUCUGCCUCUCCAAGUCGACACGAAGAAGGCCGAUGCGAACAUCAUCAACACCAAGGAAAUCACCGACAACGCCGUCAACGAGUGCGGUCGUACCAUCCUCGCCGGCAACAUCGACAUCGGCGAGAACACCGAGAACCAGCUGAUCGCAAAGACCGUCACGCAGGUCACCAAGGGCAGCACCGUCGAUGUCCAGAUCGCCCAGGUCAACCAGGACGGCUCGGGACCGUACACCUGCGACAUGGACCUGACCAGCAACGCCAACGGCGCCACCGGCCAGACGAAGCUCCAGGUCCAGGAGGGCCAGCCGCAGAACGGCAUCAUCAACCUCAAGGUCACCAUGCCACAGGACAUGGCCUGUGUAGGAGCCUCCACCGGAGACGUCUGCACCGUCCGCUGCUUCAACGCCGCCGCCGCCGGCCCCUUCGGCGGCUGCUUCGCCGUCCAGCAGACCGACACCACCCCCAAGCAGAACACCCCCCAGAACAUCGACACCAAGCAGACCCUCGAGAACGUCCUCACCCAGGUCCAGCAGAACGCCAAGGACCUGCCCGCCGCCGUCAAGUCGAACCAGGAGGCCAAGACCCAGGACGAGCAGGGCGUCACCGCCAUCAAGGAGAUUCUCGGCAACAACGCCACCCAGGAGGCCGCCGGUCCCGCUGGAAACGCUGCCGGGGGCAACACCGGCAACAACAACAACAACAGCAACAACGGCGGCGGCAACAGAAAGAACAACGGCAACAACGCUAACAACGGCGGUGCCACCCGCGGCGGCGGCGCUGCCAAGGCCGGCAAGAACAACGGAGCCAACGCCAACAACGGCAACGGCAACGGUAACGGCAAUGCGAACAACAACGCCGCGACGGGAGGUAACAACAACAACAACAACGGAGCCGCGACCCAGGGAGGCGGUGCCGCCAAGGCCGGUAAGAACGCGGGUGCCAACGCCGGCGGCGCCACGAACAACGCCGCGACGGGCGGCAACGGCGGAGGCAACGGGGGCAACCGCGGCGGCCGCCAGAACAACAACAACAACAACGCCAACAACAAGCGCGAUGAGUUCCGUGCGCGCGUUGCCAGGAGGCACCUCGUUCCCCAGAACUAA